UAAUAUGCUGAAAACUAAAAUAAUGUUGCAAUCUGGUAAAUUGCGAUUCGUUUCAUUCGUUUUUGGUUCACAAUUUAGAGUAAAAAUUGGUUAAUUUACUGAUUUAAAAUCCAUGGUUGCAGACUUUUUAAUCGGCAAUACUAUUGUUACAUUAUUGUUAAACCACGGCUGUAGACAUUUUGGUUUAAGUAGGAUAUUGUUGCUGUGUGAAGACGCCGUACGCAGCAGGGCGGCACUGUGCCUCAUCAGGAAGGGAGAUGCAAAGGAGCCGUGGAGAGAGCGGUGGCGAUGAGCAGCUCACUAGCCGUGACCUGUUCACCUGCCUCCGCAGCUACUUGCAUGGGGGCACCUCGAGCAUGCUGUCUACCUUGACCACGCUGGCCACGUUCCCCGUCUACAAGACCGUGUUCCGCCAGCAGCUGCACAACACCCUGGUCCGCGAGACCGUGGCUCAGCUCUACAAGGAGGGUCCUCGUAAGCUCUACAGGGGGGUGCUCCCCCCCUUGCUGGUGAAGACGUUGCACGGGACCCUGCUCUUCGGUCUCCAGGACACCUUCCUGCACCAGCUGUCCCCGCACAGCGGAGGCUCUGUCCCGGUCGCAGCCCGGCAGGCCCUGGCCGGCGUAGGCACAGGGGCGGUGGAGGCCCUGGUGUUCACUCCGUUUGAGCGCGUGCAGAACCUGUUGCAGAACGGCCGCAACGAUCGCAGCCUGCCCACCCUCCAGAGCGUGCUUCUGUGUCUCCGGCGUGAGAGCCUGGCCGCUGGCUUCUACAGGGCGGCGGUGCCCGUGCUAGCCCGCAACACCCUCGGCAACAGCCUUUACUUCGGGCUGAAGGACCCCCUGCGCGAUGCUCUCCGGGAGCGGGGGCUGUCGCCCGUGGCGUCCUCCUUCACAUCGGGCAUGGUCAAUGCCAUGGCCAUAAGCCUGCCUCUGUACCCGCUCUCGGUGCUGGUGGCGAACAUGCAGGCACAGGUGGGGGCGGUGGGGGGAGGCGCGAGGCAGUGCUGGGCGAUGCUGUGGGAGUCCCGGCAGCGCAGCGUGAGGCUGCUGUACCGGGGAGGCUCCCUCGUCAUCCUGCGCUCCUGCCUCACCUGGGGCAUCGCCACCGCCAUCUACGACCGUCUGGAGAGACGCGGUGGUUAAGGGCAGGAGAAGGGAGUUCACAAAGUACAAACCAC